GCAUUGCAGAGGACGAGCGUACCUUGGAGGACCUCCGCGGCAUCGACGUGUUUGCCGCUAGGCAAGUUGAAGGCUUCGACGCCCAAGGCGGAGACGAAGACGAUGAGAGCCUUUCGGACGAGCAAAACGCUGACGAUGAUGCGACCUUGUCAAGGGCGGAACGACUACUUCGACGCCGACUAAGCUUUGAUUCUCUGCAGCUAGCCGCCCUGAGACGUGGCCUCGCCUCGGUGGUGCCUAUCCAUCUGCUGCGGCUAUGGCGGUGGCAGGAUUUGCGUCGGCGCGUUUGCGGGAACGUGAUGGUGGACUUAGAGUGCCUCAAGCAGCACACGGUCUACAAGAAUUGUGCCGACACGGACACUCCCAUCGUGUUCCUGUGGCAGGUCUUAGAGGGAUUUUCACAACAGCAGCGACGCUCCUUCCUGCGAUUCGUGUGGGGCCGGAGCUCGCUACCAGGGGAGUUCUGGGAGAGAAACUUUACGGUUCAGCUGUUGAGUGGCAGCAACGAUUCGAGGCUACCGUCCUCCCACACCUGCUUCUUCACCCUUGACCUUCCCGCGUACUCGUCCGUGGAGAUUUGCCGUGAGAGGCUCAUGUACUGCAUGAGUCAUUGCGUGACCAUCGACACGGACGGUGCUGCCGCAAGGUCCAUGAACUGGGACGAGGAUGAGGAGGAGCUAACAUAG